AUCAGUAGAACAUGUACUUAUAGAGUGUGUUGCAUAUGAAGGAGCAAGAUUUCAACUAAUUCAAGCUUUAGGAUCAUUCGGAAUAAAUAAUUUGUCACUUCAGGUUCUGUUAGGAAAUAGCCCAAAGCAAUCAAGAAUAUUUCAUGAAUUAAUAAUUUUCUUAAAAGAAACAAGACUGAUCAAUAGAAUUUAGGAUACAGGUGUAGUAAAUAAAGCGGGAAUAAUUGGCGUUGUAUUAUAAAAGGAAAAAAGGAAAAAGGGGAAAAGAAAGGAAAAAAAAAAGAAAAAAUAUUAUAUAUAUAGAUAUUUUUUUUUUGUUUGUUUUUGGCUAUAGUUCUCAAACUUCCAAUCAUUAUGCGCUCCACACUCCUAUCCAGUAGGUGGCGGGAAUGCACCAUUUAAGUUGGUUUGCCAACCGCCAUUAAAUUUAAAAGAAGAAGAAGAAGAAGUUCUCAAAUCAGGACGCGUGCUCACUGCACAUCCUGAAAACAAUCUCCCAAGUUAUGGGCAUCAGUCUGAGUCUGUCCUGCUAGGGAAGAGUCCGAGUACACCACCUAGCAGGGAACAAACUAGCGGCUGUGUAAAAAAUCGGAUCUUACUGUUGUGCCACCAUGUUAGUGCCCAUCUUUACUCUUAAACUUAAUCAUAAAAUUAACCCUCGAAUGGUUGCCAUUGGAAAAUAUGAUGGGAUACACCCAUGCCUCACAGCAGCCACACAAGCAGGGAAGGUUUUUAUCCAUAACCCUCACACUCAAGGCCAGAGACCAGCAGCCCACCGGCUGAGUCAGAGUACCCAGGACUCCGAUAUCUCACUCCUCAAUAUCAACCAGACAGUCAGCUGUCUGACGGCUGGUACUCUGGGACCCAACACCACAGGACACACACUGCUUGUAGGCUCUCAGACCAACCUGUUGGCCUAUGAUGUGCAUGACAACACUGACAUCUUUUACAAGGAGGUGACUGAUGGGGCCAAUGCCAUUGUUCUGGGAGAACUAGGAGAUAUCCAGUCCCCCCUCGCCAUUAUUGGAGGAAAUUGUGCUCUGCAAGGCUUUGACUUUGAGGGAAAUGACCAGUUCUGGACAGUCACUGGAGAUAAUGUACGAUCACUUGUGCUUUGUGACUUUACUGCAGAUGGCAAGAAUGAGCUUCUUGUUGGCUCAGAGGACUUUGACAUCAGGGUGUUUAGAGAAGAUGAACUAGUGACUGAGAUGGCAGAAAAUGAGACAGUCACGUCGCUUUGUCACAUGCACGGCAGCAGGUUUGGUUAUGCUCUGUCCAAUGGUACAGUCGGAGUAUAUGACCGCACUGCCCGUUACUGGAGGAUCAAGUCUAAAAAUCACGCUAUGAGUAUUCAUGCCUUUGAUCUUAAUGCCGAUGGUGUUGCUGAGCUCAUAACUGGGUGGUCCAAUGGAAAGAUUGAUGCUCGCAGUGAUCGCACUGGUGAGGUGAUCUUCAAGGAUAACUUCUCGUCCUCUGUGGCUGGGGUUGUUGAAGGAGACUACCGUAUGGAUGGCCAGAUCCAGCUUAUAUGCAGCUCUGUGGAGGGAGAAGUACGUGGCUAUCUGCCUGCCAGUAAGGAGAUGAAGGGAAACCUAAUGGAUGCAAGUGUAGAACAAGACCUGAUCAGGGAGCUGAGCCAACGUAAACAGAACUUGAUAUUGGAAUUACGAAACUAUGAGGAAAAUGCCAAGGCUCUUCCUGGUGUUUCGGAGGGGGAAUCUAAGAUGGGUGUAAUUCCAGCCAACACACAGCUCCAGACAGCCUUGUCUGUACGAAGAGCCACAGAGAGUCAGAGAGCACACAUAGAGCUCAACAUCUCCACUCCGAAUGAAACCAUCAUUAGAGCCGUGCUGAUAUUUGCUGAAGGGAUUUUUGAAGGCGAGAGUCAUGUUGUUCAUCCUAGCGUUCAAAAUCUCUCCAGCUGUGUCCGUGUCCCCAUCAUUCCUCCAAAAGACAUUCCAGUGGAUCUUCACAUUAAAGCCUUUGUGGGAGGGAAGACAAGUACACAGUUCCAUGUAUUUGAGAUCACACGUCAGCUGCCUCGCUUCUCCAUGUAUGACCUUAGCGUUGACCCCUCAGCCACACAACCCACAGGAAAAGUCACAUUCAGCAUCAAUGACAGACCACAGAGGGUGGUCAUGUGGCUAAACCAGAACUUUCUGCUGCCUGAGGGCAUUGACAGUCCAGACAUCACCUUCACCACACUGCGCGCAGGAGGUCUCCUGAAAAUUAACAUGCAGCCUAGUGGAGAGAUCACACUGAGAACAGAUGACAUUGAUCUGGCAGGAGAUCUGAUCCAGUCUCUUGCCUCUUUUCUGGCCAUAGAAGACUUGCAGGCUGAAGCUGACUUUCCUGUCUACUUCAAGAAGCUACGGGCCACACUCACUGAGGUGGAUGAGUUUCACUCAGUGCAUCAAAAGCUCACAGCAGCAAUGGCAGAUCAUUCCAACUACAUAAGAAAUAUGCUGGUGCAGGCAGAAGAUGCCAGACUCAUGGGUGAUUGGAGAAGCAUGAAGAAGCGCUACAUUGAGCUGUAUGACCUCAACAGAGAUCUGAUUAAUGAAUAUAAAAUCAGAUCUAAUAAUCACAACGCCCUCCUUGCCCGGCUAAAAUCGGUUAACCAGGCCAUCCAAAGAGCAGGGAGAUUGAGAGUGGGAAAACCCAAAACCCAGGUUAUCACUGCCUGUCGGGAUGCCAUCAAGAACAACAACAUCAAUGCUCUUUUCAAGAUCAUGAGAGCAGGGACUGCCUCGUCAUGAAGAAGAUCUGGUCCUAAAUGACCUUCAAGCACAAAAGUCUGGAAUAUCAGACCACAGAGACCCCAAAACUGGCUUGGAAAGUGCCCAGUAACCUGGUGGAAAACAAAAAGCCUGCAUGAGGGGAUAUAUUUGGAAUCCAGCCCUCACUGGCAGCAGUUUUGUGUUAGAGGAAUAACUGGGUUGGGCUGUCAGAACUGUAAAGUCUUAGACAAAUCGAUAGCCAAAGAGACUGUAUUUUGUGUGU